AUGCCGUCGAAGCUGCAGUUUCAUAUUAAUAAACCUCUACGACGAAUUGCAUAUUUUUGUAAAGACGACGGACAAAUCUUCGUCAAAGUCCAUCGCGGUUGCCGCUCUCGCAGGAUAGAAGAAAAGGUAGCAUUAAUAACUGGUGGAGCCAGUGGGAUUGGACAGUCCACUGCUAGGCUAUUUCUCCAACAUGGAGCCAGGAAACUCUCUUAUGUCCUUUGUGAUAUAACUUGUGAAACAGAUGUCAAAAUCGAUGUAGAUACAGCUAUCUCCAUGUAUGGAAAACUUGAUAUAAUGUUCAACAAUGUUGGAAUCGGAGGAGAUGGAGAACCUGGAAUCUUGGCUUGUACUAAUGAAAGCUUCAAGAAAUUGUUAGAUGUGAAUUUGUUUGGCGCUUUCUUGCGAGCCAAACAUGCAGCCAGAUAUCCGGUCUUAUCCAGGGUAGAUGAGGUCCAGCGGUCAUCAAAGUCUAACUUCCCGUUACAUGCUUUUACGGCAUCAAAGCAUGCAGUGGUGGGGCUUGCCAAGAACUUGUGCGUGGAGUUGGGACAAUAUGAGAUUAGGGUUAAUAGUAUUUCUCCAUUUGGAGUUGCAAGUCCCAUGACUACUGAUAUUUUGAAUAUGGGGAAGAAGAAGACUGAUGAGUUUAUUUCAUCAGGAGAGAUUUUGAAAGGUGCUGUUUUGGAACCUGAAGGUAUUGCUCAGGCAGCCUUGUAUUUGGCCAGUGAUGAGGCUAAGUAUGUGAGUGUGAUCAAUCUGGUGGUUGAUGGAGGCUACAGUCUCACCAACCCUUCCUUUGCAAUAGCAUUGGAAACAUUUUCUCCGAGUCCCCACUCUUAAUCAUUUCGUUUAUAUUCUGCAAGAUUCUUGUAGUACUUAUUUUCAAGAAAUUAAUGUGUUUGUGAAUUUUUUUUUUCCAAACAUAUAUUAUCUAUUUCUUUGAUUUAUCCCGUAAAAUUUAUUCAUUAUCAGACCACUCAUUUCAAUAUUCAUUAAUUUACGUCAAGAUAUUUAAAUUUAUCUAAAAUUAAAAAAAAUAAAUGACGAAAAUUUAUGUUUAAAAUUACCUAUAAUUGCAAUGUUUAUUUAGCACCCCUUGUCUGAGGUUGAUGCCACUUGGCUUCCCAUAUAUAUUUCUUAACAAAAAUUCCACUAACAAUAUCCAACAGAUAAAUCCCAUCAUCUCUUGCAGACCAAACACAAUUUUUAUGGUUGCACAUCUGCACUAGCUUACGCCCUACCCAAAAUACUUUAAAAAUGCCACCAUACUGGUGGUGAUUCCAACUGAAGUCGCACCAGAAUUUUGUGGUUCCCCAAAUGUUCAGACAAAAAUGGAACUCAAAUUCUGCAGAUGAUGAUAAUUCAUGGUUACCCAGAUUGUCGUCGCCAGACCAGCAAUGAAGACUUAGAUUUCUGUUGUCGGACAAGUGGUUUGAAAUGUGGACAAGGUAUCCUUCGGUGAAACAAUAACCAAGACAAGAGUAAUUAUAAUUCACAGACAAUAUCAGUGAAGGUAAGAACACCAGAUAACUUGUAAGAGCUCUCAUUGUUUUUGUGCAGAUGGGUGAUUUGAUUUUUAGGCUUAUAUACUGCUCAAAUGAUCAGCCAUGAAAACCCGCAGUCAUUUAGAAUGAAUGAGAGGAAAUGUAAGUAGAAGGUGUUUUAAAUCUUUGACAUGCUUCUUGCAUUAGGAAGUAACAAAAUUUGCCGAGUAUUUUAACCGUUUUUUAGGCUUCUAUUUAUUAACAGAAAUUUGAUAUAGAAAAGUUGACAUUUUUCUCCAAAUAUCAUCAAUAAAUAUUGAUAUCAUGUGAUCCAGAAAAUAGGAUUUA